UGGGAGUGUGGGCGCCACGGAGGCGGACGCCAACAUUCUCCAUUCUCCUCUCCCCCCUCGUGCCCCGGGCUCACGCUCUGCCUCAGCCUCUGUAACUCCGAUACGCCUUUGUGAUGUACGCACGAGGGCAGCUUUGCGUCUCAGAAGGUUUGGACAACGAGAUGAAAUACAUUUGAUGCUCGCAUAAAAAUACAUUUGAUGCUCGCAUAAAUGGAUAAUAGAGUUUUAAGUGGCCUUGUUUUCUUCACCCUUCUCAUCCUGCUUGCAUGUUGUCAUGGGGAGAUGAAAGCAGGCAAGGAGAUAAAGUUCAUCAAUGCUCAUGACAAUACUGAUGACUCUCAGGAUGAGGAGGAGGAUAAAGAAUAUUCAGAAUAUUCAUCUUUAGGAGCUAUGGACAUUCUCUCUCAUAGCUUUGUGGAUGCUCUUCCACGUUAUAUCUGCCAUUCCUGCAGCCAUCCUUGUAAUGGUGUCACAGAAUGCACUGGUGCAUUACAGUGUUACACAGCUCGUGUAGUAAAUCAGGAUCGAGAGGAACAGCUUUCUAAAGGAUGUGCUCGCCGUGCAGAAGACAUAAGUUUCUAUUGCAAGACAAAGUCUUUCCAUCAUCAGGAGCUCAGUUCUCAAUAUGCAAUGGAAUGUUGCACUGGUGACCUUUGUAAUAAUGGUUCCUUCCCAAUUUUACCCCCAAGAGUCUCCUAUGAGGAGCUCACAUCAAGAUCAGAAGAGUCCACAACCAGUUACAUCAAACUAUUACUCCUUGCUAUAUUGGUCCCAGUAUCUGCACUAAUUGCAUUGGUGGCACUCACAUUGUGGAUUCUUCGCCAUUUCCAUGAGAAGCGGUUUGCAAAUGACCUUGCAAGCAAUGUGGAUGCAGAGGAUUUGGAGGCUCUCUAUGGAGCUGAAUUGAAGGCAACUGCAGCUGGAGAAAGUACCCUAAGGGAAUUUUUAGAUGCAUCAUUGACAUCAGGAUCUGGUUCUGGGCUGCCUCUACUGGUGCAGAGGACUCUUGCCAAGCAGAUAACUUUGAAAGAAUGCAUUGAAAUGCCUUUUUUUUUGCAGGGGAAACCUGCCAUAGCUCACAGAGAUAUAAAAAGCAAGAACAUUCUGGUGAAACUGGAUGGCACUUGCUGCAUAGCUGAUUUUGGUCUUGCUGUGACUCAUCAACAAAAAACUGGAGAGCUAAAUCUUUGUGACAAUCCUCGUGUUGGGACGAGACGAUACAUGGCACCAGAGGUUCUUGAUCUAACGAUGAGUACAGACUGCUUCGAUUCCUUCUGCAAAGUGGACAUGUAUGCAGUUGGACUUGUUUUGUGGGAAGUUGCUCGAAGGUGUCAUGAUUCAAAUGGGAUCUGUGAAGAUUAUAAACCCCCUUUCUAUGACAUGGUUCCAUCAGAUCCCAGUUUUGAAGAUAUGAGAAAGGUGGUUUGUGUUGAUCAGGCAAGACCUGUGAUCUCUGAGAGAUGGGAUUCUAGUGAGGUUCUCAGUGCAAUGAAAAAAAUUAUUGAAGAAUGUUGGCAUCAUAAGCCUUCUGUGCGACCAUCUUCACUGCGAGUGAAGAAAUCCUUGCAGAAACUGUAUCAGCUCUCCCCAACAUUUCUCACCAGUCGGCCUGAUUCUAUGCCUUUUUGAUCCUCCUCAUUCCAAUUAUCUCAUUUUCUGUUCUCUUUUCUAGUUUCUUUUGGUUACCAUUUUCAAUUAUUUUUUUUGCUCAUCACAACUGUAUAGGAUGGCUAUAAAAAGGUUCAAACAUGAAACUCAUCAACUUUUUUUUGGAAUUGGUAAUGAAAAGGUGAAAUAAAGUUUGUUCUAAGAAGAA